UACUCCUCCGCUCUUCUCUGCCAGUUGUACUCAUAGCACGGCGUGUGUGGAAUUGAGCUCACAUAACAAAGUCUCUUUACUGGUGGAGCUGGUCUAAGGUCAUUUAAAUAGUAUUUAUAUCCUGUUUGGAGAUUGUGGUGAAGUCGUUCACUAGAAGAACAGACAUGGUAUUUCUGACGUUGUCUUGUUUGAUCAGAAGUCGUGGACCUGACAGAUACUGGAAAGUUCAAGAAGUUCUCAAAAAUGCACGGCACUUCAGAGGCAGAAAGAACCGCUGCUACAGUCUGGCUGUGAAGGCGGUCAGGAGAGCUUUUGUCUAUGCCACUUCAGCUCGGAGGCUCAAGAAACGUUACAUGAGAACCCUCUGGAUCACACGCAUUGCAGCAGCAUCACGAGAGCACGGCAUGAAGUAUCCCGCUCUUAUGCACAACCUCACCAAGACCAGCGUUCAGCUUAACCGACGUGUGAUCAGCGAUCUGGCGAUCACUGAACCUCGGACAUUCCUCUCACUCACAAAGCUGGCACGUGCUCGGCAACAGGAAGGCUUUCGUGCAGCAUUGGGUGACGGCAAGGAGCCUUCUGGUGUCUUCUCCCGCAUUCCUUCGCUACAGUGAAGGACUUUCUGCAGUAACAGAUUUCCAGUUCUGUGGUUUUGGAUUGUGGAGCUGUCCAUGAGUCAUUCAGGCGACACUCCUUGCUUUACAGUUGUCACUUCAUCUUAGUAUCUGUCACAUAAUAUAAGGUUAAUUUAGUUAAAUUAUUUCAUUUAUUUUUCAUGAUACUUUAUUGCUCACAAUACCAGGGCUGCUCCACGACCCACAUAAAUGACCUUUCUUGACACCAGAGUCUAAUGACCAUAUGUGGCUGAAAAAGUGUUGACUGAUUGCUGAUUGGAGAGACCGUGGCAUGAUGCACAGCGAGACCUGUGUCUUUUUGCCUGCACCAUGUAUAAACAAGUCGACAUGGAGGCUCACGUGGGUUAGCCCCACACUGAUUUUAAACAGAGUUACCAGCAGCGCAAUGUCACUGAAGUAGAAAGGGAUGCAAUAUCUUGCUCAAGGACACUCCAGCAGGAUGGAUGAUUAUUGUUGCAGUUCCUUGAUCCCUGACCUUGAUGACCUUGUAGGAAGGUUUCUCCACUCACUAUGUUACCCUGCACCCAUGCUGCGAUUGUGUUGUCCAAAGCACUGGAUCCACAAAAACAAAUUUGACAAGUUUGGGCAACCCCUAAAUCCAGUUGUAAAUUAUUUUUUAGUGAACUAUUUCAAGUCAAGUUUAUAGUGGAUUAAAGAAUUAUUAUUUUUUGGAAGUGUUGCACUCUUAUGUCAAGGAUACAAUCAAAAUCCAAGAUGGCAGCUGAGGUUAAACAUAGUGGCAAGGGUUUGUCCACAGACAGCCCUGCUUCUGCUCUGUCACUGAUUUCAAUCCAACACCUCUAUCAUGUGUGCCAGACCUUUCCGUACAAAAGACUUCGCUAGAGUCAGACUUAUCAGUUUUGAGAUAGAAGAUGUGACUUAUCAAUUUCCACAAGCUUCCCUGUGUUUGCAUAUGCAACCUUUUGUUAACUUAUGAUUUGAUGCUGAUUGUGAGUUUUUUUGGAGGGGGAGAAGAAGAGUGACCUCAAGUUUUCAUCUUUGUGUAAAUAUAUAUUUUACCAUUUCUUGUGGCAAGGUUGUUCUUUUAAAAUAUUCAUUAAACAUUUUUGGUAUUUCA